AGUCCGCCGCGUGCCGGGGCUGUGCGCGCGUGCUCCGGGGAUGCUCCCGCCCGGACGCCGGUGGCCGCGCUGCUGCCGCCGCCGCCGCCGCGAUGUGCGGGGGCUCUGACGCCGGGCGGGGCGUCCUCUGAAGGGGGCCCGCGCGCGGGGCGAGCCAUGAGGGGCGGCCGGGGGCGAGGGCUGGUGGGCGCGCUCAGCCUGUGCCUCAGCCUGUGCUCCUUGGCGCUGCUCGUCACGGCCAUCUUCAGCGACCACUGGUACGAGACCGACCCCCGUCGCCACCGGGAGAGCUGCGAGAGCCGCGCCGGCAGCGCCCACUCGCCCGAGCAGCGGCGACGCCUCCUGCCGCUGCCGCACUUGCCCUUGCGAGGCGCCAAGCGGCGGCUCCCUCGAGGCGGAGGUGGAGGAGGAGGCGCAGCUCCGGCUCCCGCGCCCGCCGGCGACUUCCCGCCGCCGGAGAACUGGAGGGCCCUGGUGGGGCUCGGGGUGCUGCAGUCGCCCUGCGGCCGCCCGCUCUUCGCCACUUACGCCGGCCUCUGGAGGAGAUGCUACUUCCUGGGCGUCGACAGGGACCUCGACAGCUUGGUGGAGAGAGGUAAGGCGGCCAGGCGGGUCGCCCCCAGCUCGCGCCCUCCCCACUUUCCCCAACACUGAAUGCACCUCCUUCCUCGCCUGCUGAUGGAGUGCCCCCCAUCACAGGAUCACCAUGCACGACCCCCUUAUCAUUUCUUCACUGGGUUCCCUUGCCUCUGCCACACACCUUCUUUGUCCCCCAAGCCAAAGCCGUCCUUUCGCCCUGUCAUCCCCAAAACAUCAUCCCUGCACCCCUUUAUAAGACCUCCGUGCAGAGUUAAUACACCAAUAUCCUCUCCUUGCGGUUGAUUUUGGGGACCCCUUCGCUCCCCCAGUUUGGAGGAAUCAAGCGUGUUCCUGAGCGUACGCACCGACACUUGGUUUUGCACACAGCCCUAGUAACAUCUCUAGGCAAAGUCACUUAUUGGGUGCACAACAUCGCUUAAUACUGCAUUGCCUCUUUGUUAUUGCCCAGACCGAGUCUUCCUCUUCCAUUCCAGCAUUGUCUUCUGUCAUUCCUUGCGCUCCUCACUUCUGGUUAUUGGCUUUAUUCUCUCUGAUGCACCUUCCUCACACGAUGCUGUCCUCUAACUCUCUUGCAUAUUCCUGCUUCCUACCCUUUCUCCUCUUUCUCUCGUGGAGCGCAUAGCAAGAAGGACAUCAGGAGAACCGCUCAAUUCAUUAGGAACCAGUGGUGUGCAUCGGUGAUGGAAUGCAUGGCCGAGUGACUGUGGACUUGGAGAGUACAUAUCCUUAAGUAGCCAUGAUCUUUCCAUCAUUUCUCAGUUAAUGGAAUGCAUGGACCACACAACCACAGCACAUGGUUAAUCUGUAAUGUGCUUCUCCAUCAAUCUCCCUGUGUGCCAGGAUAGUGGCACUAUGCACUUUAGCACUCCAGACCCUGUUCCUCCUUAUCAUUCACAUAUUGCUCUCUCUUGCCCUCCACCAGUGCUUCAUGUGUUCCUCGGCACAGAACCAUUGAUAAUGCCUUGUGAAGCCCCCAUUUGCCGUAUCAUGACUCCUAGUUAUUAUGUCUCCAUGCCCCAUUCUCUGUCAUUAUGUUCUAAAGAACCACAGAUCAAGCCUUGAACGCAUGUAUGGUAGCAGUGUGUGUCUUUCCCCCACAAAAUGCAAGCAGCCAUCCAGUGGUACCAUUCAUCUUAUUGCAUCUCUACACACCGUGCAGGUUCUUUCUCACUCCCUGUGAAUCCCCUUUUCUUCCUGAAAAGGCUCCGCAGCCACUGCACUCUCCUCUUUAAUACAAAGGCACUGUGACCUUCCCUUCACAAUAAAUGGAUACUGUUCAAUGUCCUGGCAUGCAGAAGCAACAUUCACUUCCCCACCAAGCACACAGAAACCACAGACCACCUUUCUAUCAAGGUAUUAGAUAGGCCUCUUAGCCCAAGAAACUAGCAUUUUGACCUUUUUGUACUCAUUCCUCCAGGAGGCAAAACGUAAAUCUGCUUUCUGUUAGGUGUUUAGCAGACCCAUUAUGCAAUUCACCCAGCUACUGGACACCUAAUAGUGUUGGGUUGCAAAAGGUUGCUCCCCGCAACCAACCCUCUCAGUUUUAUGAGCUUCUAUUUUUGGAUGUAAAUUAUUAUCAACAACAGUCAAAAAAGAGGGGGGGGGGGAGAGAGCAGAGUAUUUAAAUGCGGCCAAAAUGUUAGUUCUACCAGCACAAUCACUCUGUGAUUUCUUCUUCACUGUCUUCACUGCCCACCUUCAAAUGAUGCUUAAGCCCGAAAUAUAAUCCCUCCUUAUCCUCUUCUCUGCUGCUGUAGGUUUUGCUGUUCCCAGCCGCCUUUUGUCCUCCUCCCCAAAUGACAAGCCCAUGUGAGCAAGAGAGGGAUGUUCUGAUCUGUGUAAAUCUUAAAUAUUGGUGAGUUAGCGCUCCAAAAGUGGAAAGUUCCAGUGUCACAUUAGUUUUAGAAUCAGCUUACAUCUUUCUGUCACUACACUGCAGGGGAGGGGAACCCUUUUAAGACCAAGGAACACAUCUCCUUAUGGGAACCUUCUGGGUGCCACAUGCCAUUGGUGGUGGGUGGGGCCAUAAGCAAAAGUGGGUGGAGCAAUGACUUUAUACAACUGGCUAGUUUUACACAUCUUCACACAGGCAAGCAAGAGGCAUUAACAGAGCUCAAGGACACAUUCCAGUCAAGCAAAAAUGCUCAAUGAAUAUGCAAAGUAGAACUGGUGAGGAGGGGGCAUGGCUGAGAAGGGGCUGUGGUCUGGAGAGAGUCCUAAGGGCCACAUAGAGAUGACAGGAGGACUGCUUUUGCCCCUGGGGCUGAAGUUCACUACCCCUGCUAUAUUUAUUUGUUUGAAAGUGCUGUUUUCAUGCUGCAUUUAUUUGUUAGUAGAGCCUUUACCAACCUGGUGACCACUUGUUUUGGGCAACAAUGCCUGUCAGCCCCAGUCUGCUGAUUUGGUCUGAAGGGAGUUGUAGUCCAAAAUGUUUGGUGGGGGAGGCAUCAGGUUGGCAAAUGCUGAUUUAGUAUGUGACAUGCUCUGCUCUGCCUUUAUUAAGUUUGAAUUGUGCAAAACUGCCGGUUUCAGACUGUACUUAAUGGAUACACUGUAGUUCUAAUUAGUAUAUCUUGCAGCACAUUCCCUAUUAGGAAUGACCUGUUUCAUGCAAACCAAUGUUUGGAACCACUUGGGGAGCAAAGUAGCUUGUGCGGGGAGGGCUGUGCUAGUCAAAGGUAGGUAAGAGGUGGACAGGGAAGGGGUCAAGCACACUCUCCUCUGGCGUCUUCUUUCCAAACCCACUUCCUGUUGUGCUCUUUUCCCUGCAUGUGUCUAAGCGUUUUAAGGCAGGGGAAACCCAGCAUGUUGCUAGACUACAACUUCCAUAACAACCAAACAUUGGCCAUGCUGACUGGAACUGAUGGGAGCUGUAUGGAGUACAAUGACUUCUGGAGGUUCAAACCCCCCUCCCCCCCAAUACUAUAGAGAGAGAAAGAAACGUAAAGGCACAAAAGAAGAUGUUAUGUUCUGGGAUAGCUCAGUUGGUAGAACACAUGACUCUUGACCUCAGGGUUGUGGGUUUGAGCCCCACAUUGGGCAAAAGAUUCCUGUGCUGCAGGGGGGUUGGACUAGAUGACCCUCAUGGUCUUUCCCAGCUCUACAAUUCUAUGAUUCUUGACAUGACAGGUACUGCAACAUUCUUUUGAAAAGGACAAAGAAUCAGAGUGAAAUUGGUAGGAGUAGUAGCAAGAGGAAGACCUUUAGCUCAGAGGUAGAGCAUCUGCUGUGCACGCAGAAAUUCCCAGAUUCAGUCUCUGGCAUCUCAAAGUAGGGAUAGGAAACCCAUGCCUGAAACUCUGGAGAACCCUUGGCAGUUAGUGUAGAUAAUACUUAGCUAGAUGGGUCAAUGGUCUGACUUGAUAUAGGGCAGCUUCCUAUAGAGAUACAAUUACAGUGGGUUAAGUACUUAAUUCGUUCCAGAGGUCCGUUCUUAACCUGAAACUGUUCUUAAGCUGAAGCACCACUUUAGCUAAUGGGGCCUCCCGCUGCUGCCACGCCGCUGGAGCACAAUUUCUGUUCUCAUCCUGAAGCAAAGUUCUUAACCUGAGGUAAUAUUUCUGGGUUAGCGGAGUCUGUAACCUGAAGCAUAUGUAACCCGAGGUACCACUGUAUCUUAGUAGUUUAACGGUCAAUCCCUCUUCACCGGGAACUCUGGAGUAGGAGCUCUGUACGGGGAAUAGAGGUCUCCUAACAACUCUCAGUUUGACCAAACUGCGGGAGGCAGUGGAGGACAGGAGUGCCUGGCAUGCUCUGGUCCAUGGGGUCACGAAGAGUUGGACACGACUAAACAACAACAACAAACAACUCUCAGCACUCUUUACAGACUACAGUUCCCAGAAUUCUUCAAGGGAAGCCAUGACUGCUUAAAGUGAUAUAAUAGCACUUUAAAUGUAUGGUGUGAGCGUGACCUAGGUUGGUGGCGCUCACAGCGUCUUGUGGUAGAAAAUCCCACAAUUUAACUGUGUGUACGGUGUAAAUAAGUCCUUCCUUCCAGAAUGCGCCACUAGUGUGCAACAGCAUUUUGGAUCAGGAGCUAGCCACAAAGUGGUAUUAUGCCUGCAGCUGUGGAGAAUCACUUACGUGCAGUAGAUCUGCCAGGAAAAUGGCAUAGCCUCCUCCAAAGCUUCUGCAUACAGGGAAGGAAAGCAGAAUGGAGCCAAACUCCAGGGCUGAUACUUCAUAGCACAAUUCCUUGAAUUGGCUGAGACAUUGUUGCUAGCCCAGCAGUGACUAAAAGCUGGCUCAAAUGCUAAAAUAAAGCAAAAAUGACUUGCUGUCAGGAAAACAUCAAGCAUACAAUUGAGAUACAAGGGUCAAGUUGACCCAGGAAAUUUAUACUCCUCCCGGAGCAGAGUCAGCAACAUAAAGAAAAGCCAUCUGAAAAAAUAGUAUAUUUUUCUUUUAUUUUUGACAAAAUAAUUUGUAUUUUUGUACUGAGCCUCUUGGAAAAUCAAGUUUCUUUUGAUAUACAUAGUUACAGUGUUUAUUCUAGUAAAUAAUAAAUGGUGCCCACUGAUCCAUCAAUGAUACUGAUAUAAAGUACCAUCGGCACCAUUUUUCUCCUUGAAAUAUCAGUCAGUUUGUCCAUUUCCGUAUUCUCCAAAGCUUUUGUCAGAUAUUCUGUCAUUGAUGGUAUAGUUUUCAGCCUUCCAGUGCCUGGCAAAAACAAUUCUGGCAGUAACCAAUCAGUCUGAGAUGAGAAAUCUUACAGCACUUGGAUAUCUUAUAAGCUAAACAAUUAAAUGAUAGUAAAUUCUGAUUAUGGGGGUUGCUUAUUUUUACUUAUUUAUUUGCAAAAAAACCCAAAAACAUGUACUACCAAUGUUAAGAAAACAUCAUGACAAUGAAUAGCAUAAAAUGAACAUUAGAAUUCCAUUCAUAAAACAAGUACAAAAUACAUCACAAAUCAGAAGAUCAAAUUAAUCCAUUAGCAUAGCUGGAUCACCCCUCAGGGGAAGCAUGGGUGAAAAGAUGGGAGUUUUAAGAUGAGUUUUAGUUCUGUAGAUGCCUGCCUGAUGUUUAUUGAGGCACACUCCAAACUCUGAAGGGCAGGUGACACCACACAUAGUCCUAGAUAACUAAGACAAACCUCGAGAGCAUACAUCACUAAUAAGACAAUCUCUCCUGAACAUCAAAGUUCCUGGACAGUGGUAUACAAAGCAAGGCAUUCAGAUUUAGAUACAGUGACUGAACUGGAGGCCCCUCGACUGACUUCAGGUCCAGUCUUGGACCAUUUCGAUUGGAUACUCCCUACUGAUGUGGAUAGAUUCCUCCAAGUUGGUAGGCCCACCACCUGCCUCCUUGGUCCGUGCCCGUCUUGGCUGAUUAGGGAGUGUCCAGAUGUUGCGCGGACCCCCCUGGUUGAAAUUAUCAAUUUGUCCCUUGACACGGGACAUUCCCAGGGGAACUGAAGGAAGCAGUGGUGUGUCCACUCUUAAAGAAAACUUCAUUAGAUCCCUUAGACCUAUCCAAUUACCACCCAGUUUCAAAUCUUCCAUACCUGGGUAAGGUAAUUGAGAGAGCGGUUGCUGAACAGCUUGGUAGGUUUCUGGAGGAAACAUCGGCAUUAGAUCCAUUUCAGUCCGGUUUCCGUCCUGGUUUUGGGACGGAGAUGGCUCUGGUUGCCCUAACAGAUGAUCUCCGUAGACAACUGGAUCGAGGCGGGUCAGGACUGCUGAUCCUUUCAGAUUUGUCAGCAGCCUUUGACAUGGUUGAUCAUGAUCUUCUGGACCACUGCCUCGCAGACAUGGGGAUACAGGGCAUAGCCCGUAACUGGUUGUGCUCUUUUAUCUCUGGUCGGGGACAGAGGGUGGCACUAGGGAGGGAAAUGUCGUGGCGUGGAGUGCCGCAGGGCACAAUUCUCUCCCCGAUGCUUUUUAACAUCUUUAUGCGCCCCCUUGCCCAGAUUAUCCGGAGCUUUGGGCUGGGCUGUCACCAAUAUGCUGAUGACAGCUCUAUCUGCUGAUGGAUGGCCACACCGACUCGGCCCCGAACACACUGACCAGAUGCUUGGAAGCUGUGGCUGGAUGGUUUCGUGGGAGCCGAUUGAAACUAAAUCCUUCGAAGACAGAGGUCCUAUGGCUAGGUCGGGAUGGCAUGGGGAUGAGGGACCAACUCCCUUCUCUUGCGGGGGCCCAAUUAGUGCCAUUGCCUUCCGUUAAGAGUUUGGGUGUAAUCCUUGACGCCUCCCUUUCCAUGGAGGCGCAAGUUACAGCAACAGCCAAGGCGACAUUUUUCCACCUUCGCCGCAUCAAGCAGUUGGUCCCUUACCUUUCCCGCCCUGACCUGGCCACAGUGAUCCAUGCGACGGUCAUCUCCAGGCUUGACUACUGUAAUUCGCUCUACGCGGGGCUGCCCUUGAAGCUGUCCCAGAAACUCCAGCGGGUACAGAAUGCUGCAGCGAGGCUCCUCACGGGGUCUCUGCCAUGGGAGCAUAUUCACCCAGUGCUUUUCAAGCUGCACUGGCUCCCGGUGGAGUACAGGGUCAGAUUUAAGGUGCUGCUUUUGACCUUUAAAGCCCUUCACGGCCUAGGACCCUCGUACCUACGGGACCGCCUCUCCUGGUAUGCCCCACGGAGAGCCUCAAGGUCCAUAAAUAACAACACCCUAGUGGUCCCAGGCCCUAAGGAAGUUAGAUUGGCUUCAACCAGAGCCAGGGCCUUUUCAACUCUGGCUCCGGCCUGGUGGAACGCUCUGCCUCAUGAGACCAGGGCCCUGCAGGAUCUGAUUUCUUUCCGCAGGGCCUGUAAGACAGAGUUGUUCUGCCUGGCCUUUGGCUUGGAGCCAAUUUGAUUCCCUCCCUCCCUCUCUUUCUUUUUCUUUUCCUUCUCCUCCUGCGAUGAGGCUACAUUUUAAUAUUUUAAUGUUCCAUUAUUUUAAUGUUGUAUUUUAUUUUUGUUUUUAAGUUGUAAUCAUUCAUCUUGUUUUUAUUAUUGCUUGUAAGCCGCUCUGAGCCCGGCCUUGGCUGGGGAGGGCGGGGUAUAAAUAAAAUUAUUAUUAUUAUUAUUAUUAUUAUUAUUAUUAUUAUUCCAAGAGGUAACCUGGUCCCAAGUUGUUCAAGACCAUAAUCAUGGCCUGGUAGCAUACUGGCAGCCAGUGCAGUAGUGUUGAUUGGGCACCCACUCCAACAGCUUUGCUGUGGUAUAUUCUGAAUUAGCUUUAGAUGUACUUCUCUUGUGUGCGCUGUGAGAUCAAGAGGAGGUUUCAAGCUUAUGUACUUCUUCCGCUCUUCUCAGCAUGCAUGGAGCUGGGCACUACAAUUGAGUAAUCCUGUUUAUUUCAACAUGGGAUCCCCAUCCUUGAUCUUUUUAUGUUUUAAUGUUUCAAUAUUUUAAUGUAUUUUAAUUUUGUUUUUAAGUUGUAAUCAUUCAACUUGUUUUUAUUAUUGCUUGUAAGCCGCCCUGAGCCUGGCCUUGGCUGGGGAGGGCGGGGUAUAAAAAAUUAUUAUUAUUAUUAUUAUUAUUUAUUAUCUAAGCAAAAGGGGAGUGAGGAAUGGAGCAGCAAAACAGCUUGUGAGCCCAAAUACCUUUUCUCCCUAUCAGACUUUUGUUUGCCCCCCCUCUGUGGGCUAGUUCAAGACCUACUUGGUAAUCAAAGCCUCUAUAUCAAAGUUAUCCUUUAAUUUCAGUGGGUGUGUUCUGAGUAAAACUUAGUUGAAUGCCAUCCUGGGUUGCUGUAUCUUCUGACUCCAAUGUUCUGUUGCUGUACUCUUAUUUUUGAAUUAAAUAACAAAACUAAAAGAAAAGGAAGUUUCAUUGCACUAGCUGGACAACUGCUCUGAUAUCCUAUAUCCUAACUGUUCUGAUAUCCUAUAUUGAGGUUCUAAGGCUUCCCUUUUUGCUACUUCGUAUAUACCUUGUUGUCCAGUAUAACUACUAUUCUUCAUGGAAGACAAUCUUACUCUGCUAUGAGUGAUCGCCAUAUAUAACCACUAUUACUCCUGUUUUCAAUAUUGAAAGAGAUGCACAUACCCCCAUUAAUAGUGCUCUUUUUCCCCCUCUGGGAACAAAUAGAAAGCCUAGUCAGUAGGCAUUAAUGUCGUCGCCUGGUUGUCCACUCUGGAGUGUGACAUUUUGCUUACAAGUGCAAAUGAGGUCCCUCUUAAGACAGUCAAGUUUGGGAAAUGGAGGUUUACAAGGUGGUUAAGUAGUUAAGGUUGUGGGCUGCACUGGUAGCUCACUAGGCGAGUGAGAAAAGGGCAAGAUAAUUCUAUCAACAGCACAAUUACUUUUUGAAAAGAGCAAAAAAGGCGGGGGAUGUUUAAUGCAGUUUCAUUUAAGGAGCUUACUCACAGCUACCCAUUAAACUUCACAGCUGACUACGGUUUGAAAUCAGUAUUCCCUGUAUCCAGCUCAAUGCUUUAGCCUAGGCAUCAGUCUCCAAUUCACAUGUUUGUGUUGCUCCCCUUCCCCUACAACUGCCAAGCCAAAGUUAAAAUAAAUGUGCAGAAUGGUUACUGUCCCUGUGAUUUGCUGGGACACCUAGAAAGCCUGUUUAAACUUUGAAAAAACAACAACCCCAAACACUUUAAAAUAGCUCCCCUCCCCCAAGUUUAAAUGAACAUCUUAGCUGUAGUGGUGGCAAUGCAGGCACUCUUUGCACCACUUGGCCUAGAAUAGCUCAUUCUGAGGAAGGACACUGUCCACCCAAUCCUUAGAGCAAGGCAGGAAUGAGUUGGAGGGGACAGCAGAGAAAACUGCCAGCAAAUGAGGGGAGGGACAAGAAGGGAGGAGUGGAGAAGAAUAAUUGGGAGAGGGGGUGCCAGGAGGGAAGUGUGGGGUGUGGUGGGAAAAUCUCUUGAGGUGGCCCAGUCCAAAACCUCUGGAGAGCUCCACUUUGGGGAAGGCUGGUAUAUAAAUACAUAAAUAAUGUAAAAUACUUUACCCUGCUAAGCAAUGUGCAACACAGUCUUACAGAGAGAACACAAGAAGAGCUUGCUGGAUCAGGACAGAGGCCCAUUUACUCCAGCAUCCUGUUCUCACAGUGGCCAACCAGAUGCUUGUGGGAAAUUUGCAAGCAGGACCCAAGUGCAAGAGCACUCUCUCCUGUGAUUUCCAGAAACUGCAGUUCAAACACAUAAAGCCUCUGUGGAGUCAGAGCAUAGCCAUUGUGGCUAGUAGCCCCUGAUAGCUUUUACCUCCAUGAUUUCAUCUAUUCCUCAUAGAAUCAUGGAAUUGUAGAGUUGGAAGGGAAACCAAGGGCCGUCUAGUCCAACCCCCUGCAAUGCAGGAAUCGCAGCUAGAGCAUCUUUGACAGAUGGCCAUCCAACCUCUGCUUAGAGCCAUCCAAGUUGGUGGCCAUAGUGGGAGUGAAUUCCAUAGUUUUAACUAUACACUGUGUAAUUCCUAAAUGGUGAGGGAGUGAGCUCUCCUGGGAUCCCUGCUGAUAGUUCAACUCAAGGGUGUUAUAGGUAGCAGUGUGGCCCAGGAGCACAAAGGCCAGAUCAGAGUUUGAUACUGAUAUUUGGUGGUUCCAUUUGGGUUCAACUUUUCCUCUUCCGUUGUUCUUCUCACAUCAUGCUAAGAAAUAGCCUUCAACCAUAAUGCUCAUUUUUAAAAAUUCAGUAAUAAAACUAGGCAAUGAGCUUGUAGGUAUCACUGAGAUUUGUUGCUGGGUUUCAAAAGAAAAUCAUUAUGGUUGCAGGCUUUCUUUUACUAUGACAUGUGGCAUGUUAUAGCAGCUGAGGCACAAGACAACAAUCUUCUUAAUGAAAUGUUUCAGUGCAGUUGCUCUGUAAAUGCAAACAUGCAUUCACUAGAUUGUCUUGAGAAUUGGGUUAUAAAUUGUGUUAAUUGUGCUGUGCAAACAGAAAUGGUGGAAUUUUUGUCAGCCUCAGUCAAGGGAUGUACUUCCCUAUUAGUAGCAAAGUGUAAAAAUAGAUAUUGCUUUAAGUGCUUUCAUGAUCAUAAUCGGCAGAAUCAUUAUGACAUUUCACUGCUUGUUUCUCUAGGGAGAACAUUUAAUAUUUAUAUCCAGCUACACCGUACAGCAGAAGAAAAUACCUUCUUUGCAAUAGAUGCUAGGGCUUCUCCUACUAAUGAUCCUUCCAUGCCUCUGAUAAUACCCCAAAUAUCGCACAUGUUGUAGCAAUUACUCUUCACAGCAAGGAAUGCCCAGAACGUUACAUGAUGCAAAUCAGUAUUUCUUCAGGCUUAAGUCUUUCUAUUGGACAAUGGGGAUAUGCAUCCCAGGCACUAGUAGCCAACUUGUGUUGCUAUAUUUGGUAACUAAUCGUCAGCCAUGACAGGCCGUUGGCUGGUUCUAAUGAAGAUAAAUUAGUGCAUUGCCACUUCUAGGUUCAGUGGACUGCUACUAAUGUAUUCAAAGGAUUUUUUGUUGUUGAUGUUCAUACUUGUAGCAAUGAACUCAGACGGAAAGUGAACGAUUCCCCUUUGACUUUUAGCUAGGGAUCAGGGAAACAAAGCUAUCCUUCAAAAUCUGUACUACUCAAUAUUUUGUGAUGCAGUUCUCCAACAACAAAGUUGUAUUAAAAAGCUUCUAUUAAAGUGUCCAGUAAAAUGCAUAAAAAAACACUAAAUUUAGGUACCACGAACUAAACAUAAGAUCUGAAGCUAUCAAAAGUGUUUGCGAUGCCUUUCUUUUAAUUCUGCAAACAACAUUUCUUCCCUUGCUCUUACUUAGUUUUACAAGUACAGCCAAAACAUCUUCAGCUUCUUCACCUCACCCUUAGUCUCUACAGCUCUUUUUGCUCCGUAUUUAGUCCAGAACCUCAGGCUUGCUUGCUUGUCUUUUUGAGACAUUCCAGCAUUAUUUAACUUUUCACCUCUCUGACUCAGUGGGCUCUUUCUUUCCAUGCAAGGGAGUUAUGCCACAGUUGGCAUGUAACAAAGAAUUGCAAGGUUUUAUCCCUUGGAUGCAAAUCUGCUUGUUCCAGUUUCUUAGUUGGAAAGAAACUGUGCCAAUUAAAUUACUGAGCACUUUGGUCCGGCAGACUUCGCAGAGAGCUUUCAGCAUUUAUGCAAAAAAUGGUCUGAAGGACAUGCUUCUGUGCGCUAGCGGAAUGGAAAGUACACAUCGUGCAAAUGAACCAGAUCCUCAUCUUGCAAAUGGAGAGAGCGGUGCAAUCGUUGUAGGGCUGUGUGUGUGUUUAGAACACCAUCCAGCUAUGGUGAGGCACUGCCAUAUCAUGCACCAGGAGCAACUCUAGAAGGCAUAUGUGCUGCCACCACAAGGCCUCUGGGAGAGCCCAGAGGAACGGUAAGUGCCAUGCACUGCAGCAAGGUACAUAACAUGUUCCUUCAGGAGGUUGUGUGUCCACAGAUGAAAGCACUGUCAGGCAGGGUUAGAAAUCUGCCAGUCUAGAAGAAAAGCUGGGAAAAUAGAAGGGUUGAAGAAAACUGUUCUCCAGCUUCCACAUUUUUUCCACACAGCCCCCUGCUCCAAAGAAAAAUAUUGAUAAUUGAAUAGUUUCAAGCCCAAAAUAAUUUUAAAGAGAUUUUAAAUAUGACUUUCCCCCUUCAGAUUUCUAUAGUAGAAUAUGUCUAAUAUUAAGCACAGCCUUUUAAAGAAUUGGAAUGAUAAAAAAGUAACAACUUUGCAUAAAAAACAUACCCAAAUAGCUUCUUGUCAGUUUCGCCCCCCCCCCCCUUAUGUCCACAUCUUCACCUUACCAAAAGUAAAUAUCAUACCACUUUAGUUACGGCUUCCUACAAAUCAGCCUGGGAACUGUUGUUCGUUAACGGUGCUGAGAGUUGUUAGGAGACCCCCAUACUCCACUCACAGAGCGACAAUUCCCAGAGUGGCUUAACAGGCGAUGCCUCUUCCCAAUGAACUCUUGCUCCUUGCUCCCGCCCCAGUUCAGAGUUCAAACUCAGCUGGCAACCCAGUCUCCAAUUAAGAUCUCAGUGCGACUUGUGCUUUAGGUCUCAUGUACUUGGCUACCCCCAUGGCUCAGUGCUGCCACAGAUUUGGGGCUCAUUCUAGCUGGCUGACCAAUUAUCCACCCCUGACAGUUACUGCCAAACUCAGUGUCAUUUUUUGAGACUCUUCCUGGAAUGUUUUUCAAGCAAGACUGAAGAGGUUGCUUGAACAAACCCCCAUACUGAAUAAAAUGAUUUGGGGGACCAGUUAUUCCUGUUUAAUAAAAAGGAAGGUGCACUCUUCAAUUGUCUCUUGAGGCAGACAGAUGCCAGCAAGGAGGCAUAAUCAAUAACCCACAGACAUUGGAUAGUCAGGCUGAUGGGUCUCUAGUUGCAGAGGUUUACUUGCCACCCCUGAUGGCAUGGAGAUAGCCUGAGCAGAAUGCAAAUAUGGACAUUCUGAUGUCAUACAUGAUGUCAUAAACAAGUUAUGCUCAAAAGUCUUGGCAGAGUGAGAGGCAGUUAACAGUCAACCCACAUCUGAACUCUGUCAAGAUGGAUCAUCAUGGCAGGUGAUGAAUAUAUAUUGGGGCUAUAUUCAAUUUAUUAUAGGGGAAGUGUUUGGGAAUGAAGAGGCCUUUUGACACCCCCUCACACACUGCCAGUAACAUUAUUUGGUGAGCCAACAACUUCCACAUGCGAAAUGGCAAAGAAGCCUGGAACACAGUCUAGACAUACUGGACUUUUCAAAAGGAUUUUAAGGUAUUCUGAAUUAUAAAAAUGCUAUAAAUGGAUGAAAGGAAGUGGGGAUUGGAGGUGAGUUUAUUCACAAGAGAGGUUAUCAAAUAACUUUGGAUAUAUUGGAUCAAUUAUAUUAUAAACUUCUGGAAACAGGCUUUCAGGCCAGCCACACACAGCUCUUAAAUCAGGCAUAGGGCAUGAAAGCAACAAUAAAAUUUGCUGGAGUCUUGCAUUGAUGGCUCUCUAGUAACAGGGAUUUAUUACUGUCCAAUGCUGUUGGCAUGGAGAUAGCUUGAGCUGAAUGCAAACAUAACAUUCUGCUGUCAUGAAUGAUGUCACAAACAGCUUAAGCUCAAAAUUCUUGGCAGGUGAGAGUGAGUUAACAGACCAAAUCUGAACUCUGGCAAGAUUCUGGAUCUUUGUUAACAGGUGAUAAAUUUAUUGGAGGGAGAAUUGUCCAUUAAUUUUUAUUGGGGAAGAGUUUGGGAAUGUUUUGUAGAUUGGGUUGUCAGUUCUUAACCUACCAACAAGUUUAGGUCAGUCAAUACACCUUGCCUAUCUAAACAUCUACCUUAUAACUGCCUAUUUGUGUUGAUUCUUGUGGAAGCCAUAACAGUUGUUAAAGGUAAAGGUACCCCUGAUCAUUAGGUCCAGUCGUGACCGACUCUGGGGUUGCAGCGCUCAUCUCGCUCUAUGGGCCGAGGGAGCUGGCGUUUGUCCGCAGACAGAUUCCGGGUCAUGUGGCCAGCAUGACUAAGCAGCUUCUGGCGAACCAGAACAGCACACGGAAACGCCGUUUACCUUCCCGCCAGAGUGGUACCUAUUUAUCUACUUGCACUUUGACGUGCUUUCGAACUGCUAGGUUGGCAGGAGCUGGGACUGAGCAACAGGAGCUCACCCCGUCGCGGGGAUUCGAACCGUCAACCUGAUCAGCAAGCCCUACGCUCUGUGGUUUAACCCACAGCGCCACCCGCGCCCCAGUUGUUUUUAAAAUAACAGUUGUUAGGCGACCCCUAUUCCCCUCACAGAACUAUGAUUCCCAGAGUUCCCUGGGAAGAGGGCCUGAUUGUUUGGCCACUCAGAAUAUCUUAGCUCUGUGAGGGGACUAGGGGUCUCAUCUCAGCACCAUUAUCUAACUACAGUUCCCAGGAUUCUUUGGGGGAAGCCAUGACAUUAGAGUGUUACAAUAAUGCUUUCAAUGCAUGGUGUUGACAUUUUCUCAGUCCUUGACUCUUUAUUUCUUGUUUAUGGAACACUGUCAUCUCAUCUGACUGGUAUCAGCUCUCCUAAGGCUUCAGGCAAGGAUCUUUCCACAGCUGUCUACCUGAAUUCCUUUUAACUGGAAAAACCGGGAAUUAAUCAUGGUGCUUUCAGCAUAUAAGGCCUGUUCUUGGUGAACAAUAGCUAACUCCCCCCAAGGCCCAGCUCUAUAUUUUGGGCAUUGUCAGAAUUAAGAUUUAAAAGUAGAAUAAAUAGGUAAUGAAAUUAUGUGAUCUAGCUGCACUUCCUGGCUUUGUGUGAGGGUGCUUAAGUAAACUUGGAAAAGGGGUUUCUAGAUGACCUGUUUAUUGAGCAUUUAUCUUGAUUUGUUUGUAGGGAGAUUAGAUGAUGUUUGCUAUUUAAUAAGCAUGCAUUCUGAUUUGUUUAUGAGGUUAGAUGAUGUGGCACGAAAGCAAGUGUUAUCCCACACUUUCCCGUGCAUCUCCCCAUCACCUUCCUUAUCACAGAAAGUUCCCCCUUUUGGGGAAGUGGGUUUGUUGCCCAGGGCAUCCCAAAUAACUACAAUUGCACAACCUACAUUUUCUGGUAUGUAACUGAAUCCCACCCCAAAAUAGUGACUGCCUGGAAGCACCCAAAAACUCCUGAAUGGGCUUGAUCUUUUUCUUCCCUCUCCUUCCUAGAGUUGUUGUGACAAAACCUGCAGGGCUUUCUUGAGGGACAAAAUUGACAGUAUUGAUUUAAGCCGUUCUUCCUCCCAUCUCCAUUUUAUUGUCAUACUUCCAGUCUACUCCUUCUUUUCACUAGAGUCUUCCCAUUCAGGUUUGGCCGAAUGCUUACAAGUCAAGGAGAGACUUGUAGGUGGUUUUCCUGCAUUACCUGUGAGGUCUGUCCUCACCCCUACACAAUCCUGACAAUCUCAUAUUUCAUAUUUUAAAAUUCUAAGGAAGUAGUCGAGCCAAGAAGCAAGCAUUUUCAAGCCCAUGAUUUUCAGUGGGAGAAAAUAGAACACAUAAAUUUAGUUCUUUUGUUGAAGUCAAUUGUCCUAAUCCAUCUUGGGAGUUCUUUUACACUGAGAAGAAACCAGCCUUCCACUUGCACAGUGAAUAAUAAUGCAUUAAUCAGCAUGCCUCUCUCCAUCUGAAUUACAGUCCUCAUGUGGGCCCUACUGAACAGGCUUGGUGCAUUUUUUUAAUAGUUAAGGAUGAGAAUCUGCAUCUGGGAUUGUGAAGUGCCAAUAGUUGCCUGCAAUGUAAGUUGAAUCAGGGCCAAUAGGUCUUUUUAGUUUUCAUGGUUGCAGAGCUCUGGUUGAAAAUUUAAGGGCAUAGGGCUGGAAACAAUGCGGCAAGUAGCAAGAAGCUUAAAUGACCUGUGUUGCACAAUAUACAUGUCACAAAUCUGGACCUUGCAAUAAUAAUCUGAGGCCCUUCUUUGUGUGCCUCCACGAGGGGUCUGGAGGGUGGCAACACAAGAAUGGGCCUUUUCUGUGGUGGCUCCCCAUUUGUGGUAUGCUCUUUGAGGGAGGCUUGCCUGGCACCUAAAGAUUUGCAAUGAAGACGCAAGGCAAAAACAUUCCUCUCCUCCCAGGCCUUUGGCUAAUUAAACCAUCUAUAGCCUAUGGCCUUUUAAACUGUGCAUGUGUGUGGGUUUUUGUUUCGUUUAUUAUGUUAUGUAUUUUUGUGUUUUUAAUACUGUAAAUUGCACUGUUAUCCUUGUAUAUAUAAAUUUAACAAACAAACAAAUCCCAUGUUUGCAAGAACACUCCAGCAUGAGGCUCUGGAUUAAUUAGGUAGAGGAUCUGGUAAAAGUUGGCCACAAAGUACUUAUAAAGUUGUUUUGAGUGACUAUUGCAGCUCGCUUCUGAUGUGCAGCAGGCUCCAAACUCCCUGUAUGAGCACCUUGUGCAGAAGUAUUACCAAAUUUGCUUCCAGGGCUAGUUAAUAGUCAAGGGUGAUUUGAAGUUUGCUCAGUCAAAAUAAGAAAUAAUACUUUUACCCUAUGUCUCAAUAAAGAUCUGAGAUUAUGUCUGCCAACCAUCAAAUCUUUCACUGACCCACUGGUUGGCAAAAUGCAAGCUUAUCUCCUGUUAUCACUGACACUUUGCAAAAUGGACCUAUCAUGAAUAAAACUAUUUAAAAUAUUCAUAGUUCAUUUUAUCUAACAUUGCAUGUGUAAACUGUAUGUUCUUAGAAUAAAUCUUUGUAGCUUAUGCAGCAAAAUCCUGCAAUCAGAUGGUGUUCUUACAUUCCCAUAAACAAAACUGUGAAUAACUUAGUAAGUACUAUAAAUAUUUCAGCAAAUUCCAUUUUAAUAUGGGCAUUAAGUAAAUGUUUGCUUGGGCGCCUCCAGGAAAAUAGGCAAACUUGCAGUUAAAAUGCAUGAAACCGACAGCUGCUGAAGAUCUAACAUCCAAAAUUCAAGUGGCAAUAAAAUUAAUCAUACCAAGGGAAUUUGGACUUGUGGGCCCACCAUACCAAAGAGGCUGGGAACCACUGUUCUAUUUCACUGUAUUAUUUCCUCAGUUUGUAAAGCAGGAUGCUGUAAGGGGUAUCUUGGAGUCUAGAUGUAUUGCAAAAUGAUCAGGGGACCAGAAUGAUCACACUACUCUCUGACCCAAGCAGAGGAGUAGUUAGGGGUGUUGGGCACACUGGGUGUCACACCGUGGGGGGUGGCACUUACUGUGGGGCCUGCAAUACGCCCUAGCCACGCAUCUCUCCUGCGAGUGACGCGGUGGCUUGGGUGCCUGCUGGCUCCGUGCUGCCCGAAACGGUAGUGUGGGGCUUGCAUCUGCUCACCACCUCCCCCUCAGCCGCCCUACAGCUGACGGAGAGGUGGCAGGUAGACUACAUACAAGCUUUGCACUGCCUGAAAUGGAAGCAUGAGGCUUGUGUCUGCCUGCCACCUCCCCCUCAGCUACCCUACAGCUGGGGGGGAGGCAGCGGGCAGACCCCUUGGAAGCAUCACGCAGCGUGCCCUGCCCCAGCUCCCCCACUGUGUGUGGCUUGCCCUGGGCACAGAGCACGGGUGCCACCCUGGGCACCCAAGCGGCUUGGUACGCCACUAGCCCCAAGUCAAAAUUGGCAUGGGCCACAGCAAGGGGUAUUGUGUAAGCUGCUUCCAGGGCUGCAGGGGAAUCCUGUCAGCAAAAAGUAAUGACUAUCCAUGCCAGAAAUCUGAUUUGGACUGUCAGCCCCUACAUUGUGAAAGAAAAAUCUUGCACCCAAGGGAAAUAUAACGUACAGCUUCAUUGCAGAAAGGAUCAGUGUGCUAGUAUGAGAGAGGCAGAGAACUGUCCUCUUCUACAGAGAGUUGUUUUUAUUAAAGGGGUUAACUGGCCUCUUCUGAAGACUUGAGUCCUUCCACAAAGGAUCCUUUUUGUUGCACAAGACCCUCCCUUUCCACCAAUGAAAGGAAAAGGAUUUUUGUGUGGUGAGGAAUUGUCCUCCUUUGAACCCAGUUCUUCCAAGUGGCUUGCCCUUUGCUUGCAUAUUAUUAACAGCAGAUUCCUCACUGCUGAAGAGCUUCGCUUAUUCAUCCUCGUUAAAUGGAAUUUCUUAAGCAUUUCUGCCCUUCCAUUUUGUAAAGGUAUCACUCAGAGAUGUACGGCAAUCAAGUACCACUUCGCUCCACCAAUACGCUUACGCAACAUCCCGUUCAAUUUAACCAAGACCAUCCAACAAGAUGAAUGGCAUCUGUUACGUAAGUAGUUAGGUUUUCAUGAUGCUAAAUGUUGUUGUUUACCCAUUAUAACACCCCCCCAUGGCAGUCCAGGUCAGGAAACUGUGCAUCAUCUUGCAAAACCAGUCAGCUUUUGUUAUCAAGCCCAGCAGAAAAGGAUUGAAAAGGCCUCAGGAAAUUUCUCCUCUGAUCCAUACCCAAUAGCCUCUUUACCUCUAGAAAUGCAUCACUGCACUGUUUCGUUAACGUUGAUUGUAUUAUUAUUUUUUAAAAGGGAGCGGGAGAAGACAAGGGACAGGCAGGAUGGAUUGACACUUUUUAGGGCAACAGUGGUAAAGAGAGAUCAAUGAUAACUACAGUGGUACCUCGCAAGACGAAUGCCUCGCAAGACGAAAAACUCGCUAGACGAAAGGGUUUUUUGAGCUGCUUCGCAAGACGAUUUUCCCUGUGGGAUUGCUUCGCAAGACGGAAACGUGUUGCAAGUUUGUUUCCUUUUUCUUAACACCGUUAAUACAGUUGCGACUUGACUUCGAGGAGCAACUCAUAGAACGCAGUGUGGUAGCCUUUUUUGAGGUUUUUAAAGACUUUUUAAAGACUUUUAAAGACACCGUGCUUCGCAAGACGAAAAAAAUUGCAAGACGACAAAACUCGCGGAACGAAUUAAUUUCGUCUUGCGAGGCACCACUGUACUUGUGCGUUACAAAUGGCGAUCUGUAGAUCAAAGGGGAGAAAAUACCACCAAAAAGAUGGAUAUUGUUCCCAAUGCAUUUCCAGGAAACUCUUUUAUCAAGGGUGAUUUUUUAAUGCUUAGCGAAAACCACUUUGGUAUGCUGCAGAAAAACGUCUCUCACUUUUUGUUGAUAGUGGGUAUGUACGGAUAUCUUAAAGUGCAAUUCUUUGUAUUCAGAAUCGAUUCCAGCAGAGUUCAAGGGGCUUGUCCUCAGAAACAUGUGCAUAUGAUUAGACCAGCAUUUGCCUACUCGACGCCCUCCAUAGGUUUUGGGCUACAGCUCCCAUCAGUUUUGCUGCCUGGGACUGAUGAGGAGUUGUAGUUCAAAACAUGGAGGAAACCCGGUUUGCCAAGGCUGAAUUUUAACUUGUUUCACUGAUGCAUAUUUAACCUCGUCCUCUCUCACUUCUGGAAACAGAUCUAAGAAGAAUCACAGCAGGAUUUCUUGGGAUGGCAGCAGCUGUUCUUCUCUGUGGGUGCAUCGUAACUACAGUCAGUUUCUUUUGGGAGGAAAGCCUCACACAGCAUGUUGCCGGCCUCCUUUUCCUUAUGUCAGGUACUAUUUCAGCUCUGCCUGCUAUAUCCUUAUGUGUGUCAGGUUUUACUCCCAUCUGUUGAAGAGUUGUACCACAUAAUCUGGCCAAUGAGUUUUCACAUUUUGGGCAGGUCAGCACUGCAAAUGUAAACGGGUUUGAUUGCUUCCCUCUUCCUUAUCUGAUAAUCUUAAUUCUACUAGGGAAACUAGGGAUCUUUAGUAGAAUUUGUGGUUUCCAUACAAAUUCGUAGCACUGGGGGAGAGAGGUGAAACCACAGAAAGAUGGUGGAAGUAGAGAAAUUAACCAAAAGGUACAAUGGUCAGGGCACUGGAAAAGAUAGAGACUGCCUUUAAAAAUACUAAAUGUAAAAAAAAAGUGUAUUUUUCUACACAAACAUACUUUAGCAAUCAUACAUCCACAAAUGUGUGUGUUGAGCAGUUGUAUUUUCCAGUAAAUUCCCUGCAACAUUUUGAAGUUUCACAUUCCCCCUCCUUGGUGUUGCCGUGUGUGUGUGUGCGCGCGCGCGCCACUAUGUAUUUAGGAAGCUUCCCUAAUUCAAGGUGGUGGUGGUGGGGACUGAACCUCCACACGUUACCUAAGACCAAAGGAACACACCAGAAUCACUUAUUCUAUAAACAGACCUAAACAGGAAGCACAAUUCCUGUGGAAGAGCUAAAAUAAAGAGGGUUGUGGUGCCUUAAAAACAUAGGAAGAGCCCUGCUGGAUCAGACCAAGGGCCCAUCUUGUUCAGCAUCUUGUUCUCACAGUGGGUGCCCAGCUGGGUGCCCAUGGAAAGCCCACAAUCAGGAUCUGAGUGCAGCAGGACUUGUGAUUCCCAAACACAGGUACUCAAAGACAUACUGUUUCUGACAGUGGAGACAGAACACAGCCAUGAAUUUGCCUUUAAAGAAUUCACAGAUUUAUUAUGCUGCAAGCUUUUGUGAAUCAGAGUCCACAAAAACUUAUGGUAAAUCUGUGAAGCCUUGAAGGUACCCUAAGCCAUUUGUUUUCAUGCUGCUAGACACUAAUGCCUCUACACCUCUGGAAGUUGUGGGGUGGGAUGUAUGACCCUCUUUUACACACUGCUAAUGCUUCUAGAUGACAUGGGAAGCUGUGCUUACCUUGUGAUGCUGGCUAACGCCUUAGACCUGGAAAAAGUAAAAUCUCCCAGCAUUUCCUUCUUGAAAAACAGUCAUAAUAUUUCUCAUCCAUUGCCCACUCUCCUCCCACUUAAAAAAAAUCUUAUUCAGGCAGAAUCUAAAAUGACAUUUUGAGGGGGUGGAAGCUUCUUAGUGUUGCCAAUUACUGAAAGCCAAAAGAAUGGAAAGACCAUAGAAGGGUUUGUUUUGUCUACUCUGCCCAUGUCUCUUUACAGAGAAGGGCUGUGAAACCUUUUUAAGCUGCUGGGCCUGAUAUUUAUCUCCCUCCACCCCCGCAGGUCAUCUGGUCACCCUAAUAAUUGCGCUUAAUAAUUAUUCAAAUUCUGAUGACGGGCUAAGUGCAUGGAACAUGCUCACCAUCACUCUUGUAAGAAAACAAUGCCUGUUGACUUCUGGUUUCAAGAUUGUGUAUCUUUCAUUUGCCUUGCAUGUCUCUUGAUGAUUUUAUCCUGGGCUAUUUUGAGCUGUUAGUAAUUGCUGAUUGUGCACAUUUGGUAACCAUGACAUUGUGAUUUUGUCUCCAUUGCAGGCAUCUUUUGCACUAUUUCUCUCUGCACUUAUGCAGCAAGUGUCUCCUAUGACCUAAACCGCUUACCCAAAUUUAUCUAUGGUCUUCCUGAUGACGUGGAACAUGGAUACAGCUGGUCUAUAUUCUGUGCUUGGUGCAGCUUAGGACUCAUCGUAGCAGCAGGAUGUCUUUGCACCACUUAUCCACUCAUUAGCAGGACAAAGAUUAGCCAUCUAAAGUCUACCAGAGACUCUUCUGUAUGACUGCUUAUCAGGGGAUAAUCCCUCCCCUUGAAAGGCAACAGGUGAAGAGUAGUCUUCAAGGAUUUAUAAGGGAGCUAAAUUCAUAAUUCCAAGCACAAAUGAAAACAAAACCCUGUCCCUUAAAUACCAAACAUUGUGUCUUACUAGCCAGGAAAUACAGAGGAUUUCUUCUCUACCUUCAGGGUGGCUGAAAUAAAACGUUCAGACAACUGAGUUCUUGUGGAACUGAUGACUGCAAUUUAGCACAGUGUAUAUGCACACAUCACAAGCGAGACAGGGCUGUUCUCACUCUGGUAAGAAACCUGUGUUGACAAUGUAGGGCUGUUUUAUUUAGCAGAGGUUUGUACGUAAGGUAAUUAACAACCAACAACAACAACAACAAAAAACACAACUCCCCAAAUCUCAACCCUAUUCCCCUAUUCCCCUCGACCAGUCUUAGGUUGUAAUCCUAUACCCACUUACUUGGGGGUAAGCCCAAUUGAACUCAGUAGGGCUUACUUCUGAGUUGACACGUAUAAGAUUGCACUGUAAAAUACUUUAGACUUUAAGUGAAAUAAACCUCCUCCUUUGGGUAUCUUUAGUGGUUACCGAAUGGUAUUGUGUGAGAGACUGUGAAGAGUUCUGAUGUUGUAAGUGGAUGGGCAAUUUGUUUUAGCAGUAAUGUAGGGAAGGAGCUGAAGGGGAAUGACUUCCAGAGUGCGGGAAGGGGACCUCUUCAGUAAACCAAAACGCCACUAGCAGUUCCUGUAGUAGAAAAAGUUUUAAACUACUCAUCUGACUAUUCUGCGGUAGCUAGAUUCCUACUUUUAAUGUAUCUCUCUGAAAUACAUUUUGUAUUUCAUACGAAGCCAAAUGCCAUGUAUAAAUGAGUUUAAUUGUACAAAAACAAUUAUAUGACAUUUAAUAUUGUUGGAAGUAACAUCUGUUGUACAACCUCAGCCUCUUUGUCUAAAAAAAAAGUUUUGUGGUAGAACUUCCGUUGAAAGUGUUUGUAAAAAUUUCCAAGUGAGUGACUUGGAAAUGGGUCCUUCUUAAACCGUCAUGUAAGUUUAAGACAAAAAUACAACCUCGAGUUAAAAACUCUGUCUCCAGUUAUGUGGCUAUACUACUUUGCACCUUUCUGAAUAUUAUCACUGGAAUUUUACACCAUUCUGAAAAGCAUACUGGAAUUUUCCAGUCAUGUUUAUUUUGGUUUACUUAUGAAACAAGAGGGGAAAAAAGAAAUCAAUUUAUUCCAA